UUUUUUUUCCUCCUGGAGGCACGCUUCAACGCAGAUAUAAAAGCUCUCUCCUUGGUUCUACAUCCACAUACAUGGUAUCUCGCAUCCAACUCCCGCUAUACAGUCUUCUCGCCGUCAGUAGAUCCAGCUCCGGAAAGAAGGUUUGUGCCCGCUACACAAUCUGACUCGUCCAGUGUGCUCAUCAUACUGUCUACGAUGAAGCCUCCGUGAUGCCCUCAAUAAGCACCAUUACAAAGCUCUUGUCCCCUCGCUCCUCCCUUGGAAAUCUGGAAAGGCAUGGACCUGACAUAGCUACUCCAAACAUCGAGAGUAAGAAGUCUCCCAUUCCGUCACAACCGGUAGCAAGGGAGGAGCAGGAACAGAUCAUCUGCGCUUCGCUCAGUCGUUUCGCGCAGGUCCCGGUAUCGGCUAUAUUCGUAUUGGAACCCGGAUGGAGCCCCAGCGGCCUUUCUGACGAGCAGGCUUCACUGAUGCUCAAAACUCAUGGACCUAACACACCGGUAGCGGAACGUCCUCUCGCUGCAUUGCAGAUGCUUUGGGGGGCCAUUGUCAAUCCGUUCAACAUCCUUUUGACCAUCCUCGCGGUCGUCAGUGCUGCCACCCAACAGAUUCCUACGUUCGUCGUCAUGAUUGCAAUGGUAAUCGCUUCGACCGGCUUAAGGUAUUGGCAAGAACUGAAGUCCAUGAUUCAAGCAGUCAAUUUGAUCAAGUCAGUCACGACGAACACCCGCGUUCUUCGUUACCGAAGCUCCGGUUCGGAAGAGCUCGAAAUCGAUCAACGGGCCGUGGUUCCAGGUGACAUCAUAGCUGUCACCAGCGGUGAUGUCUUCCCUGGUGAUUGCGUUCUCAUUUUGGCCGAGGCUGUUACAAUCACACAGGCCUCGCUUACAGGAGAAAUGAUGCCCAUCGAGAAAAUCGUGCGCCUUGCUGCCCCCCGACCUGGAGAACAGCUUGAUUUACUGCACAAUGAUAAUGUUUGUCUCGCGGGCACAUCUGUUGUCACGGGGAACGGACACGCGCUUGUCGUCUCAACUGGCAAGGACACCUACAUGGCUUCUAUCGCCAGCGAGCUCUCUAAACGACGACCGGAGAAUGCUACUCAGAUUGGCAUCAAGAAAGUCAGUUAUGUCUUGAUGGCGUUCAUGGGCGUUAUGGCUCCAAUCGUGUUCAUUGUUCAGGGUGCUGUUAGUAAAGACUGGAAGGGCGCGGUCAUGUUCGCGAUCGCUGUCGCAGUCGGCAUUACGCCAGAAAUGUUGCCAAUGAUUGUGACAUCUAACCUUGCGCUGUCUGCUGUUCGUGUGGCACGCAAAAAAGUCAUUGUGAAGCGUUUUGAUGCCAUCCAGAACCUUGGCGCAGUUCGGAUUCUUUGCUCAGACAAGACAGGGACGCUUACCGCUGACCUCGUGCGCAUCUCAAUGUCCGCGACGGGCACAGGAGACCUUUCACAACUUCCCAUUAAGUUGGCUUACAUCAAUUCCUCACUGCAAACCGGUUCUCGUAGUCCGAUCGACCACGCAAUCGUCGACUUCGUCCAUGACAGUGAGCAGGACAUUUUCACAGGCAUUCCCGGAGACGGCUGGGUCAAGCAAGGCGAAGUUCCUUUUGAUUCGUCACGCCGCCUUCUGUCGAUCUUAGUUUCGCGACCUGGUGGCGAUGGCUCUGACGGGCUGUUGAUCACGAAGGGCGCAGUAGAAGAAGUGUUGGACCGGUGCGUGUCAACCUACAACCACCAACCAUCUCCUUCCUCAGAUGCCUCGGAACCGCUUGGUUUGGAUCUUUCCCCCUCAAUGACGUUAAUCCUCACAGCAGAUGAGCGGCGAAAGAUUCUCGAUACCGCCGAGCGUUUGAACGGGGAGGGGUUGCGUCUUGUCGCUGUGGCCUGCCGAGAACAGCUUAUCAAGCCAUUCAUGACCAUAACCUGCUCUGACGAGAGCGAACUUACUUUCGUUGGAUUCAUUGGGCUUCUUGAUCCGUUGAAACCUGACGCCGCCAAGGCAAUCAAAGAUUUGGCCGAAUUGAACGUGCAGGUUCGAAUCCUCACUGGUGAUGCUCCUGCGGUGGCUGCAAAGGUGGCUCGUGACCUCGGGCUUAUCCCAUCUCGUCAGCAUUCAUCGAUUGCCGAGGAUGAGAAGGAUGUAGAGGCUUCUCCCUCUUAUAAGGGCGACGAAGGGCUCAUCCUCACUGGCACCCAGCUUGCGGCGCUUGCCGAUGAUCAAGAUGCCUACAAGGAUGCCAUUGAUCGCUGCAUCAUCUUUGCGAAACUCUCGCCUUACCAGAAACUUGAGGUCGUGAAAGCUCUACGCGCGGGUCAUGGUGGCAGAGCAGUCGCCUUCUUGGGAGACGGCGUCAACGAUGCUCUUGCUAUACGCGGCGCCGACGUCGGGAUCUCGGUGGAUUCAGGAACCGAUAUUGCGAAGGAAGCGGCAGAUGUGAUCUUACUUGAGAAGAGUCUUGGUGUCGUCGCUGACGGUGUGAUCGAGGGGAGGAUUACGCUCAUUAACACUCUCAAGUACAUCAAGAUGGCGACCUCUUCCAACUUCGGCAAUAUAUUUUCGGUCUUGGUUGCUUCUGCUUGGCUUCCAUACCAGCCUAUGCUCCCGCUGCAGCUCCUCGUCCAGAACCUGCUGUACGAUUUCUCCCAGGCUUCGAUUCCCUGGGACAAUGUUGACCCCGAGUACUUGGUGGCACCUAAGACAUGGGGAGCGAAGUCGAUCAUCCGUUUCAUGGUUUGCAUGGGUCCCUUCUCAAGCCCUUUUGAUAUCACCACAUUCUGUAUCAACUGGUUCCACUACGACAUUCGUACGCUCGACAACCCACUCGUCCCCCGCGCACAAACGGAUUGGUUUCUCGAGGGGUCCCUGACGCAGCUGUUCAUUAUCCACUUCCUGCGAACGGGCAAGCUCCCCUUCAUCCAGUCCCGCGCAUCGGCCCCAGUGGUGUGCACCACCUUCGGUAUCGCUGCUAUUGCUAUUGCAAUCCCAUACAUGCCGAAGGUAAACACAGCCCUGCAUUUAACUCCGCCUGAGCCCGUCUUCUUCGCAUACCUAGCAGCGAUGAUCACCGGUUAUGCUUUGGUCGUGCAUGUUGCCAAGACGCUUUAUCAACUUGCGUUCAAGGAAUGGCUUUAGAGAAUAACCGUUUGUUGUCGGCAACCUCGUAGGGUUCAAGGGGUUGCGUUGGUGGAAUUUUAAAGCCUCGAUGUCUUUUUUUCCCGUUAAUUCUAGACUUCUUCGAAUUUGAAGGAUAUAGAUAUACUUCAAUGCAAUCUUAUGUUUCAUUCUGAAUAGAACAGCUAAGCGAUGAGCAAACGAACAAGUACCGCGAAGUAUCGCGCUGAGAAGACAUCCAUAGGGUUGAAUUGCAAUAUGACU